AUGGUGCACCGCAACAACAUUCUCAAAGUUGGUGUAAAGGUUCCGGAGAAGGUCAAUGAAUAUGCUAAGCCGAAUGAGGUGAAGGACGAUGUUAAAACGAUUGUUGUCGCGAUAGAUGUUCGACCACAAUUUACAAAUGAAAUGACUUUCACCUCUCGUCAGCAUUUGCUUGAAUGGAUUCCAAUUGAAGCUAGCAAAUUUGGGUUUGGCGUUCUGAUAGUAAGGUCCGACAAUGACAGUAGUAGAAGGCAAGCAUUUGUUGUGAUGACAUGCGAGAGAGGUGGGAAAUAUGUUCCAAAAGUUCGGACGUUAAAACAUACCGACAUGGGAUCGAGAAAAAGUGCGUGUCCAUUUAAAUUGCGUGUAUCUUGUAGGGUUGAUGGUUUGUGCCGUUUUAGUGUCGUUUGCGGUAUUCAUAAUCACGCAUUAGACACCAAGUUACAAGGGAAUUCAAUUGUGUGUUGGCUUAAGCCGGAAGAGAAGGAAUCUAUUUUAGAAUUAUCGAUAAUCAAAGUUGCGUCGAGAAACAUACUUGCACAUUUGAAACGAAAAAGACCACAAAUUGUUUCAAAUAUCAGGAAGAUAUACAAUGAACGUUAUCAACUGAACAUCGCGACAAGAGGUCUGAGGUCGAAAAUGCAACAACUUUUGAAACUUUUGGACAAUAACUAA